AUGAGGCCCUUGGCUUCUCCAGUUCAUUGGAUUGGAAUUCUGAAUAAAAUCUUGAAUGGCAGUUGGAGCCAGUGGUCGUCAUGGCAACCAUGCAGCGUGACGUGUGGAGGGGGACACAGGACACGUGCUCGCACAUGCUCUAAUCCAGCGCCUAAAUGGAACGGAAAGUAUUGUCCUGGGACAAAUAUCUCUGCAGAGAGCUGUAAUUUUCACAAAUGUAAAGGUAUAUGCCUUUUUUUUUUGAAUGGCAGAUGGAGUUAUUGGUCGCAAUGGCAACCAUGCAGCGUGACGUGUGGAGGAGGACAUAGGACACGUUCUCGCACGUGCUCUAAUCCAGCGCCACAAUGGAACGGAAUGAAUUGCGUGGGGAAAAAUAUCUCCACAGGGAGCUGCAAUUUACAGAAAUGUAUAGGUAGAUGCCCUUUGUAAAAGA